UUAAAAAAUAUAGGGACACUUUUGUAAUAAUUUAAAAAAUGAAACAACGCCAACGAAGUUCACCGCCUGUUUGAGCACAGCCUUUGCAGUCUUGCAGAGCUUCUUUCUAGGGUUACUGCAAUAAUGAGACAGUGUCAUAUUAAGAAUAGGAGAGCUUGUGAGGUAUCUUAGUGGUUGAAAACAUAAUCAGGAGAAAGGAGUAGCCAAAGGGAAUCAACUAGUGUAUUUGGUGGAAAACCCAGUUGAAUUUUCAUUCUAUAAAUUCUGUCAUGAAUGGUGAAAAGAUAAAUUAAGGUUGUGUCUCUCAGACAAUGGAGAUUGAAACAUUAUGGGAAGAAGUGAGAGAGCUGAGUCUGGGGCUGUCAGGGAAAGUGGAGCGGCUGGACUCGCCCCCGACCCCAAUCCAAUUCCUAAGGGACUUUGUCUCUCAAAACAAGCCUUGUGUCAUCUCUAAUGCUAUCAACCACUGGCCAGCCCUCUCUAAGUGGUCCAAUGAUUCCUACCUUAUAGAAUCUCUUUCCACCUCAUCUUCUUCCGAUCAAUUGGUGUCUGUACACCUCACCCCUAAUGGCCGAGCUGAUGCCCUUGCCCCCCUAAAUGAUCGUGUCAAAACCAAUGGAACAUCGUCCUCACCAUCCUCUGCUUCUCUCUGUUUUGCCUCCGCUCAUGUUGAGCAUAUGCCUUUCCCUGAAGCUCUUAAACUUAUCAGCUCCCCUGCUUCCAACAGCAACGACAUGCCACCCAAAUUUGUUGCCUAUGCGCAGCAACAAAAUGAUUGCUUUCGCUCAGAGUACUCAGCACUAUCUCCCGAUUGUGAUGCCCACAUUCCUUGGGCAUCGGAUGCUCUUGGCUGCCUCCCUGAGGCUGUUAACCUCUGGAUUGGUAAUCAUCUGUCUGAGACCUCAUUCCACAAGGACCAUUAUGAGAAUCUAUAUGCUGUUGUGACUGGACACAAGCAUUUCCUGCUUCUUCCUCCAACUGAUGUUCAUCGUAUGUACAUCCAAGACUAUCCUGCUGCCCAAUAUUUGUAUUCUCAGGACACAAGGGAUUUCACUUUGGAAUUGGAUAAGCCACUUAGAUAUGUACCUUGGUGUAGUGUGAAUCCCUACCCUUCUGUGGAAAACAAAGUUGAGGAAAUGGCCAAAUUUCCUUUAUUUUUUCAGGGUCCAAAGCCAUUUGAAUGUACCGUCAAUCCUGGAGAGAUUCUUUACUUGCUUGGUGAUUUAUGCAGGCCUAGCAUGUGGUUUCAUCAUGUUAGACAGAGUCCAGAUGAUAGUGGACGAAUUAUUGCCGUAAAUUAUUGGUAUGAUAUGCAGUUUGAUAUCAAGUAUGCUUAUUUCAACUUUCUGCAAUCAAUUCAUCACCCGGUACUUAAGAGCACGAUGCUUAAGAUCGAGUGUGAGGGUUCAGAAGCUGCCAAGCCGGUGCUGAAAACAAAUUCAAGUGAAGAUGAACUUUUGGCUGGUGUUUCUUAGCAAGUUAUACAGCCACCACUGUGCUUAGAGCAGAAAUUGAGGUAAUGGAAUAAUUUUGUAGCUGUUACAAACUUACACUAUACAUUCCCUAUUGGGUCAAACUUAAUUGCUCAUUCAAAACUGUGAUUAAAAUAUUUCAGUUGAGACAUUUAGUUUAGAAGCUGUAAUUAAUAUAGGCCAAUUUUGUUGGUAAAAGUUUGAGCUAAUAAGUUAUUUGAGAUGUUACAUUCACUACUCA